CCUGGUACCUGGGGCACCGCGCUGCUCCCAGCCUCAUCAUGCCUUAGCUGCAGGAGCGAGGGGUGCUGAGCCAGGAGCUCACCAGCCACAGGCAGGGGCCAGCCAGACCCUCCCCGGCAGGACCCCUGUCAUGAGUCUCCUGUGGGGGACAGCAAGCUGGGCAUCAGGAGCAGGAGAGAGCAGCCAGAGGCCUGGUCUGUGAGGGCAGUGUGGCCUCGCUGCUCACUGGGGCUGCUGUGGCUCUCCAGGGACGGUGACUCGCGUGCUCCCCGAGGCCCUCACUCUCUCCCUGGUGAGCUCUCGGGGUGCAGCCACCUGCAGGGACCAUGCCCGAGGUGCUUCUGCUCAGGCCCGCCAGCCUCUUCCUCAGGACCGUGUUCUUAAGCAGACUGCUGCCAGGUGGGCCUGGGCCUAGGUGUGUUCGAAAACUUAGUUUGAACCUGCAGUACCAGCAAGGAAUAAGGCCGAAUGUUCGAAGCAGCUCCCAAACUGAUGCGCAGACGUGCUCCAAAGAGUCCUUGAGCCAUGUUCUCCAGCUCUCGGCCCCAGAAAAGCCUCAGGAUGUGCAGCUGGACUGUCCAGAGGGGGCUCUGUGGACGACCAGGGCCGACGGGCGAGUCCGCCUGCGCUUGGACCCCAUCUGCUGUCAGCCCCCCUACACUGUGCACCGCAUGUUCUACGAGGCCCUGGACAAGUACGGGGACCUCAGUGCUCUGGGCUUCAAGCGCCAGGACAAGUGGGAGCGCAUCUCCUACUACCAGUACUACCUGAUUGCCCGCAAGGCCGCCAAGGGCUUCUUGAAGCUUGGCCUGGAGCGAGCCCACAGUGUGGCCAUCCUGGGCUUCAACUCCCCUGAGUGGUUCUUCUCUGCAGUGGGCACUGUGUUUGCGGGUGGGAUUGUCACCGGCAUCUACACUACCAGCUCCCCGGAGGCCUGCCAGUACAUUGCCCACGACAGCCGCGCCAACAUCAUCGUGGUCGACUCACAGAAGCAGCUGGAAAAGAUCCUAAAGAUCUGGAAAAACUUGCCACACCUGAAGGCAGUGGUGAUAUACCAGGAACCUCCUCCCACGAAGAUGGCCAAUGUGUACACGAUGGAAGAACUCAUGGAGCUGGGAAACCAAGUCCCCGAAGAGACCCUGGACAGCAUCAUCGAGGCCCAGACACCCAACCAAUGCUGCGCCCUGGUCUACACGUCGGGCACCACCGGGAACCCCAAGGGUGUGAUGUUGAGCCAAGACAAUAUCACGUGGACAGCACGGUUUGGCAGCCAGGCGGGUGACAUCCAACCAGCUGAGGUCCAACAGGAGGUGGUGGUCAGCUACCUGCCCCUCAGCCACAUUGCUGCCCAGAUCUACGACCUGUGGACUGGCAUCCAGUGGGGGGCCCAGGUGUGCUUUGCAGAGCCUGAUGCCCUGAAGGGGAGCUUGGUGAACACACUGCGUGAGGUAGAACCCACAUCCCACAUGGGUGUGCCACGUGUGUGGGAGAAGAUCAUGGAGCGCAUUCAGGAGGUGGCCGCUCAAGCUGGCUUCAUCCGGCGCAAGAUGCUGCUGUGGGCCAUGUCAGUGACCUUGGAGCAGAACCUCACCUGCCCCAGCAGUGAUCUGAAGCCCUUCACAGCCAGGCUGGCAGAUUACCUGGUGCUGGCCAGGGUCCGCCAGGCACUGGGCUUUGCCAAGUGCCAGAAGAACUUCUAUGGAGCAGCCCCCAUGACGGCUGAGACACAACGCUUCUUCCUGGGUCUCAAUAUCCGCUUAUAUGCGGGCUAUGGCCUCAGCGAGAGCACAGGUCCCCACUUCAUGUCCAACCCCUACAACUACCGGCUCUACAGCUCAGGCAAGCUGGUGCCCGGCUGCCUGGUGAAGCUAGUGAACCAAGACACGGAGGGUAUCGGCGAGAUCUGCCUAUGGGGCCGCACCAUCUUCAUGGGCUACCUGAACAUGGAGGACAAGACAUGUGAGGCCAUUGACUCUGAGGGCUGGCUACACACGGGUGACACAGGCCGCCUGGACCAGGAUGGCUUCCUCUACAUCACAGGGCGCCUCAAAGAGCUGAUCAUCACGGCGGGUGGGGAAAAUGUGCCCCCCCUGCCUAUUGAGGAGGCUGUGAAGACGGAGCUGCCCAUCAUCAGCAACGCCAUGCUGAUCGGUGACCAGAGGAAGUUCUUGUCCAUGCUACUCACCUUGAAGUGCACGCUGGACCCAGACACCUCUGACCCAACCGACAACCUAACAGAGCAAGCUGUGGAGUUCUGCCAGAGGGUGGGCAGCAGAGCCAGCACUGUGUCUGAGAUCGUGGGCCAGCGGGAUGAAGCUGUGUAUCAGGCCAUCGAAGAGGGGAUCCAGAGGGUCAAUGCAAAUGCGGCCGCCCGGCCUUAUCACAUCCAGAAGUGGGCCAUUCUUGAGAGAGACUUCUCCAUCUCAGGAGGAGAGUUGGGUCCCACCAUGAAACUCAAGCGGCUCACAGUCCUGGAGAAGUACAAAGAUAUCAUUGAUUCCUUUUACCAAGAACAAAAGAAGUAACUGGGGCCAUCCCUGUGAUUCCCAAUGAGAAGAGAAAGCAGCCUCUGCCUGCAGAGGUGUCUCCGAGUUCCAGGCUCUCCCGUGUGGCCGCAGAAACUCAGGUCUGUCUGGCUUCCAGGCCAGAGUUCGACUCCCACAUCUACAACUCCAAGAAGCUCCAUAUGCGGGUAGUUUAAAUUCUGCUUAAGUGUUCAGGUGAUGAAAUCAACUCUUCUUUCACAACUAAAGGGUUGAUACUGCUCGGCCCUAACUCCAGGGAGACUUACCAAGCCAUAGCUCAACAGUUCACCAGAGGCCGGGGUGGGGGGUGGGGAGUCAUCUUACUAGUUUGUGCUGCAGGUAAAGCCAUCUAGCUUACUUAACGGCCAGACUUUGGAAUCUUCUUGGAUACUGCCUAAUAAAACUGCUGCUCUCAUGUGACUGUAUUUAAUAUGUAAUAUGAAUAUUAAACUUUUAACAUAACUGUCA